UUUGGAUUUGGCGCCGUAUUUAUUUAAGCAUCACGCAUCUGUUUUCAAGUUGAAAAACAUUAAAGUUUGUCGUUCCUUUAAAAUGUUUGACUUAAGCAUGUUUUCAUACUGGGAUCCCAAAUAUACAUUAAAGGGUUUCAAACCUAGUCGUGGUAGAGUUCCUGUAAGAGCAGCGAGGACGAAAGCUCACCCCUACAACAGUGUGGAUGCAGGUACUGUGCACUGGUGACGGGACAAUAGCGGACGGAGCUGGGUGUGCAGAACAAAUUCGAAUUAUUUUAAUACCUACGAGGAAAAAACUUAGAUGGAUGGAUUUUGGACCCGUUUACUGAACGGUUCGGAACAAUACCCGACGCGAUCCGACUGGUUACCACUUACGGUGUUAAGUCCACAUAAACCCCGGGAAGCUAAUCUAGAAGGUCUCGGAAACAGAUGGCAUUGCCUCGCUCAUUUCUGUUUGGCUCGUCUCCCUUUAUAUUACGUAGCAGACUCCAUCAUAUAACAAUCCUUCUCCCUUCUCUCACUACCAAACCCAUUCCUUCACUCUCUUUCUCUCUCUCCUCCACCACCGCCAUGGCUUCCGCUUCUCCCGCCAAGAAGGUUCUGGUUCCGAUUGCGAAUGGCUCGGAGCCGAUGGAGGCGGUGAUCGUCGUCGAUGUUCUGCGCCGAGCCGGAGCUGAUGUCACUGUGGCUUCUGUGGAGAAGCAGCUGAGGGUUGAGGCGUGUCGUGGGGUUAAGAUCAUCGCUGAUGCUUUGGUUUCGGACUGUGGCCAGACCUCCUUCGAUCUCAUUACUCUGCCUGGAGGGAUACCGGGUGCUACCAAUCUUAAGAAUAGUGAGGUCCUGCAAAGCCUGGUGAAAAAGCAAGCUGCCGAUGGGAAGCUCUAUGCUGCAAUCUGCGCUGCACCUGCAGUGGCACUUGGGUCUUGGGGUGUGCUGAAGGGAUUGAAAGCAACUUGCCAUCCUUCAGUAAUGGAUCAAUUAGCAGCAUCUGGUGCAACUGCUGUUGAAUCAAGAGUGCAGCUGGAUGGCAAAGCUGUGACAAGUCGUGGACCUGGUACUACCAUAGAGUUUGCUGUUGCACUUGUUGAGCAAUUGUAUGGGAAAGGGAAAGCUGAUGAAGUUUCUGGUCCCCUGGUUAUGCGUUCCAACCAUGGGGAUGAAUAUAUCAUAACUGAGCAAAACCCAACAAAGUGGACUUUCACUGAUUCCCCAAAGAUUCUUGUACCGAUAGCUAAUGGUACAGAGGAAAUGGAAGCUAUAAUGAUCAUUGAUAUUCUACGAGAAGCCAAAGCAACUGUUGUGGUGGCCUCUGUAGAAGAUAAGCUAGACAUUAUUGCUUCUCGCAAAGUUAAGCUGGAAGCAGAUGUGCUCCUGGAUGAAGCGGCCAAACUUUCGUAUGACCUAAUAGUUUUGCCUGGUGGACUUGGCGGUGCUCAAGCUUUUGCAAAAUCAGAAACACUUGUGAAUUUGUUGAAAAAGCAGAGGGAAUCAAAUAAGCCUUAUGGAGCUAUAUGUGCUUCACCAGCUUUAGUCUUUGAACCCCAUGGCUUACUCAAGGGAAAAAAGGCCACAGCUUUCCCAGCAAUGUGUGACAAGCUGUCAGAUAAGAGUGAAAUUGAAAAUAGGGUAUUGGUUGAUGGUAACCUCAUCACCAGCAGGGGGCCAGGAACUUCCGUGGAGUUUGCUCUAGGAAUUGUUGAGAAGUUUUUUGGCCGCGAAAAAGCAAUAGAGCUUGCAAAAGUUAUGGUUUUUGUUCGUCCAUAAAACUAUAUUCACCUAGAGAAGUGGAGAGCGGGAUUCAUGUGCAAACGAAUCCUUUUAUGAGGUUAUGUAUCAUGGUUUUGUAUGUACAUAAAUGUGUAAGGGAUGGAGCUCCACAUGAAUCCUUUUAUGAGGUUAUGUAUCACGGUUUUGUAUGUAAAUAAAUGUGUAAGGGAUGGAGCUUUGAAUCUUGUGAUAAUUCUAGGUUUAUAUGUCUAAUUUCACUGCCUA